AUGAGGGAGCCAAUUAGCCCAGGAGAACGUUUGGGAAUAACACUUCGAUACUCGACGACCGGGGCUGCUCAUACAACAAUUGCGUCAAGCUUCCGCAUUAGCCCAACAACAAUUGGGCGCAUCAUAUUUGAAACCUGUGGAGUUUUGUGGGAUCAGUUACUGGAGCCUGGAUAUCUGAAAGCACUAUCUACCGUCGCAGAAUGGAAGAGAAUUGCCUUAGAAUUUGAGCAUGAAUGGAAUUUUCCGAAUGCAAUAGGUGCUUUGGAUGGAGAGCACGUUGUAAUGUUUGCACCUGCAGGUUCAGGCUUCGCAUUUUUUGACUAUAAGAAAACCCAUAGCAUUGUUCUGAUGGCUGUUUGCGACGCAAACCAUCAGUUUAUACUCGUAGAUAUUAGAGACACUGGCCGUGAAAGUGAUGGUAGUGUUUAUGCAAACCGUCAUCUUGGAUAUGCAAUUGAAAAUAAUCUAUUGAACAUGCAGAGAGAUUCCAAGGUUGGCAACAAAAUCCUUCCUUACGUGUUUUUAGCAGACGAUGCAUUUGGAUUAGAACGUCAUUUAAUGAAGCCAUAUCCUUUUACAAACCUUGAAGCUGAGAAGAGAGUUUUUAAUUACAGACUGAGUAGUGGGCGUCGUGUCAUCGAAAAUGCAUUUGGCAUUGCAGCAAGCCGUUUUACUGAAUUACAUAGGCCUAUAAUAGCAGCCCCAGGAAAAGGUUGUAGCUAUAACUAA